GAGCCUCGAUUACAGUUAACUUUCACGUGUACUGUUACCGGGUGCACCGAGCGCUCAACGCAUGGCUUUACAAAACGCGCAUACGAGCGUGGAAUCGUCAUCGUAACCUGUCCAAAGUGCAAAAAUAGACAUCUCAUUGCGGAUCAUCUUGGCUGGUUCAAAUCGACGGAAGGGACAGCGGACGGAAGCUUAAAAACAAUCGAAGACAUCAUGCGCGCAAAGGGAGAGAUAGUCUCGCGCGGUCGGAUAGACGCUGGUGGUGUGGUUGAAUAUGUGGAAUGA